CAUAACUAGGAUUUUUCUUUUUUUUGGGUGGCACCAUUUCGGUGACAUUUUCUUAAAAAAGCAAAAAAAUUGUUGAUGUGUGUGUAUGUGUGCUAGUGCGGGGCUUAAUUAAUGAAAUUUGUAAAGAAAUAUGUGAAUUAAUUGGGUUAGAAAUGACAAGUUAGAUGCCUAGAGCCCCGCCCCUUUGUGAUGCCUGGAGGUGUAAGAGGAGUCCAUUCUGAUCUCAUUAGCCUUUGAAAUGCCUCAUUAAAAAAAUCAAAAAUAGCUUAAGGAAAAAUGGCCGGCCCCACACCUAUUAACAACAGAGGACCAUGUUUUUGGUGUAUCAAAGCUGUUAAAUGGAUACCAGUUUUAUUUAUUGUUUGUAUAAUCGCAUGGUCGUACUAUGCUUACGUUGUCCAACUUUGUUUAGCGAUUGUUGAAUCGACCCCAAAACAAGUGAUUUUCCUAGUAUUCUACCACAUAUUUUUUAUAAUGUUGUGUUGGUCGUACUGGCAGACGAUUUUCACGGAAAUUGGUCGCGUCCCGAUAAAAUACAAAAUCGACGACGCUGAAUUCCAGACACUUACAGUAACGGAAUCGGCGGAAGCACAACGUCAAAUUUUGGAAAAUGUCUCACGCCACUUGCCCAAUACCAACGUAAACGUCCAGGGUUUUCCGCGGUUUUGCGACAAAUGCAGGGUGAUUAAGCCUGACAGGACUCACCAUUGCUCGGUGUGCGGCGAGUGUGUGCUAAAAAUGGACCAUCAUUGUCCCUGGAUCAACAAUUGUGUUUGUUUCACGAAUUAUAAGUUUUUCUUGUUGUUCUUAGGAUACGCGCUAUUCUAUUGCGUGUAUGUCGCCUUGACGUCUCUCCCCUAUUUCAUCGAGUUUUGGAGGGGAACUUUGGAAGGAAUAGGGAACGGGAGAUUUCACAUUUUGUUUCUGUUUUUCGUCGCGAUUAUGUUUGGAGUAAGUCUUGUUUCGUUGUUUUGUUACCACUGUUACUUGGUUAGUGAGAAUCGUACAACUCUUGAAGCGUUUCGUCCACCGAUUUUCCGAAGUGGGCCGGAUAAGAGGGGUUUUAAUCUUGGACGGUAUAAUAAUUUCCAGGAGGUUUUUGGUGAUAAUCCCAGGACUUGGUUACUUCCAAUUAAGACUAGUUUGGGCGACGGGGCUACGUUCCCUCAAAGGCAUAUGGAUGAAGACAGAGAAGGACUUCUUAAUCAUAAUCUAGAUGAAGAAGCAAGUUAUUAUGCUUCAUAGUCAAUGUUGAGAAAACUUCUCAUUUUUUAUAAUAUGCAUAGUCCACAUAAAUUGUGCUUACAGUUACUUUGAAGCCAAAGCACUAACAUUGUUCCUGUGUUGUUUUUAUUUGAAAUAUAGUUUUACUGGCUUA